AAGACGAACAUAUAAUAUAAUGGGAGUUAACACAAGAGGAAUAUUCACACAUCGCACCGGUUUAGCUGUCAAAACCGAAACUAGAAGAAAUCAAACGUUUUGAAAAAGUUUCAUAUAUCUACAGAAUGGCUGAAGGAGGUGAUUUACCGUCUUUAAAAGAUGGCUCGGAUGCGGACUUUGAGUUAAUUUGUACACCUUGCAGUGAAGACAAUGAGAGAAUAGAGGCCAUCAAGUAUUGUCAAGAAUGUCAAGAAUAUUUAUGUGCAAUGUGCACAAAGCAUCAUGGUCGGCUCAAAGCUACAAGAGCGCAUAUACUACUUGAUAAAGAUAAUGCCAAACAGAGUUCUUUUGUUGCCAAGACAAAAUGCCGUUAUCAUCCGGAUAGAGACAUUGAGAUGUAUUGUGAAGCACAUGAUAUGGUGUAUUGUACUAUGUGUAUAGCCACAGAACAUAGAUCAUGUGACGACGUUAACAAAAUAGAGGACAAGUUGGAAUCGUGUGUUAAUCAAACUGAGAUUCAUCGAGUGCUAGAUGAAACCAAGAACGCGCUAGAAACGAUUAAAACUGUGGUCGUAAAGCAAAAGAAGAAUAUAGUUUCUCUCGAAGAGCAAAGAAACGUCAUACAAGACAAGCUGGAAGACGUUAAGACAAGCCUGAUAGAACAUAUCCUUAAACUGAAGAAGGAGACUUCUGACUCUGUAGACAAAAUAUAUGCCAAGACGAAAGAAGAACUUGAGUUUGAUAUUAAUGUAUCAACUAACAUGAUACAAAAUUUGGAGAAAACGUUAGAACAAAUGCAAUUAGUUCAUAAUUUGGACGCAGGACAACAGUUCAUUCAGAUGAAGCUGGUGAAGAUGAAUUUAACCGAUGCCAACAAGUUACAUUCCAACAGUGAAUCAAAUGGAACAAAAUCAAUUUGUUUUACAGAAAACACAGAUUUAGUAACCUCCGUAAUGACGGCAGUUGCGUUUGGACAGGUGCGUGAAGGAAGUGAGGAUAGAAAACCAUCAAAGCCAAAGCAAUACAAAAUGAAGUCGAAGAAAGAGGUCAAUGUCAAACUGGGAACUGACAAAACUACAUGUUUUAUUUCUGAUGUCUGCCAACAUCAGGAUGGUACAAUCCUGCUGACUGACUAUUAUAAUGGAAACGUUAAGAGGCUAGACAGUAACUACAAGCUGAAGGACAGCUGUGACCUAGCCGCAAGUCCAAGGGGCAUAUGUUUCAUUAGUAAGAACGAAGUAGCUGUCAAAAUGAGCAACAACACCAUCCAGUUCAUAGAUGUUAGUAAUACCUUGUCUAAAACGAGAUGUGUAGAUAUAGUUCAUGGGAGCCAGUUUGGACUUACAUUUUGUAUGGGAGAGCUGUGGACAUCUAGAAGAGAUGGUGUUAACGUGUACAGUACUACAGGAAACCUUGUUAAGUCAAUUGACAAGAAUAGGGAUGUUAAGCCGAUAUUUAAAGCAUACACUCAACAUUUGGCUGCCAGUGGUGAUAGCGUUCUCGUGACAGAUAACAGUGAUGGUGCUGUCUGUUUAAACAACGACGGUACGAUAAGGAGGGAACUACGUAGUAGUGGACUAAAAUACACCCGAGGUGUCUGUGUAUCCGACGAUGGAAUCGUAUUACUCUGUGGAUAUCACUCCAACAAUAUCGUGAUGUUCAGCAGUGAUGGAAAAUGUCUUGGAGAGUUGGUGGCCAAAGAUGCUGGAUUGAAAGAACCUAUCAAUCUGUGUUAUGAUGUUAAUAAGCAUAGUAUAAUUGUAACAUGCCGAAACUGUGACACGAUAAGUGUUGUUGAACUUAGAGAAUAAAAAGAACAUUCCUCCUCCUUAAGAGACACAUAUUAUUAGGGACGUUUCGAGUUUUCUAUGUUAUUAUGUCAGUUGUGUUUAUCUGGAAACUGUUUAACUGUUCCGUGUCAUUGUGACCUUGACCUUUGACCUACUAACUUUAAAGUCGAACUUGACUUGUAUUUUAGCAUGUUACAUCCGUGUACAAAAAUGAUUCUAGACAGAAUAGUUAUCAACCAGAAACCAUAUAAUUGUUCCGCGUCACUGUGACCUUGACCUUUGACUUACAGACCUCAAAGUCGAACUUGACCUGUAUUUCGUGAUGUUACACCUGUGUACAAAAUUUUAUGAUCCUAGGCCUAAACGUUCUCAGGUUAUCAUCCUGAAACUGUUUUACUGUUCAGGGUCACUGUGACCUUGGACCUACUGACCCCAAAGUCGAACUUGACCUGUAUUUUUUUCAGGUUACAUCUGUGUACAAAAAUUAUGAUCCUAGACCCAAGCGUUUUCAAGUUAUCAUCCGGAAACCGUUUAACUAUUCCGAGUUACUGUGACUUUGACCUUUGACAUACUGACCCCAAAGCCGAACUUGGCCUAGCUGUAUUUUCUGAUGUUACAUCCUUGUACCAAAAAUUAAAGACUUUCAUUAGUUAUCGUCCGGAAACCAUGAAAACCAACGGACCGACUGACAAGCUCACUCCUAUAUACACCCCAAACUUCGUUUUGUGGUGGUAUAAUAAUUAUUUUGAGAGAGAGGGUUACAAAUCCCGCAAAUCCUGGCUUUAAUUUUAAGAAGCCAUUAAUAAUUUACUGGGUGAGCCUCCGCGUGUAAUCUCCUCUCAGUAUUAUAGUAGUCGUAGUAGAUAAUACAUAAAUAUAUUUACAUUCACCCUAUUCUUUUGACGUAUGAACAGCAAAAUAAAAGGCGCGAAAGUAAAGACGCUGUUCAGUGAUAACCGACCGUUGAUUUGACGACGUCCGCGUAUAGUCAGGGAGAACGUUCCUUAGAUGACGUCGCAGUUAGUUCAGUCUGGUGAACAGAAUGGACGGGAAGCUGAUUUUAAUGUUAAAUGCUACAAAUUAUAUGCAGUUCAUAAUAUUAUAUAGUUUACAAAUGGAAAGGAAAUAUAAUGUAAAUAUAUGAAAUGAAACUAUUUUGUUUCGGUGUUCAUGCGAAAUGAACGACUAAAUAGGAUCGGCAAAUUAAACAUAGUGCGAUUCAUGGAUUUGCCGGUCAUAUUCUGCCGUUCAUUUCGCAUGAACGCCGAAAAAAAAUCAUUUUAUUUUUUUAAUGUUUACACAUUGUCACAUAUAUAGUACAUAUAUGGUAAAUACACAGAAUUUGUUAA